AUGGCGACCAAAACCGACUACCAGAUCGCCUCUUUGGCGGCCGGCUUCACCAUCGGCUUCGGAUUCUUGACGGUAUGGGAGGCUAUGAAGCAGACAAGGCGAAACCGUAACCCCUUACGAAGCUCCUAUAUCUAUAUGAUGUGGGGUGAAAUUCUAGCCAACCUAGUCAUCACCAUUGUUGGAUGGCUAUUUCUGGAUGGUAUACUAGGGCCUACGGUGCCCGUGUUGUUCUUCAUCUUGUUGUGUUGGGUAUUCGAGAUUCAGCUCUUGAUGCAGAUUAUUAUCAAUCGGAUUGCAGUCAUUGCGGAGAGUCAGGAGACGAUUGCGAAACUGAAAUGGGGAACGGCCGUCCUCAUUACCAUGAUUAACAUUGCCGUCUUCUGCAUCUGGAUCCCGGCACACAUUGUUCCUCCCGCAAACGAAACCUAUGUGAAAAUAAAUCACUACUGGGAUCGCAUCUCGAAGGUCCUCAUCUUGAUUGUUGAUGCUGGCCUUAACUGGUAUUUCCUGCGGGUUGUCAAGAACAGACUGGUGAGCCAACAUGGCCUAGUCAAGUACAAGCCCUUAGUCGGCUUUAACGCCAAGCUUAUGAUUCUCUCCAUUGCUAUGGACGCUAUGCUCAUCGGUCUCAUGUCGCUGCCCAAUCAAGUCGUCUUUAUCCAAUUCCAUCCCGUAGCUUACAUGGUCAAACUCAACAUCGAAAUGUCCAUGGCCUCGCUCAUCACCCGCCUUGCGAAGGGCCAAGACAGCGGAUUCCGAUUCAACUCUCUUUCUUAUUCGCAUGGCCAUUCCCAGGGUCACCGGACGAACCAGGCCCGCAACAACGAUCACGAGACAGGCCUCAAGAGUUACCACAGGGCUAGCGUCGGAGCAGUUCCGUCCGACUUGGAGGCAGUCCAGAACACCGGAAUCCAUCGAAGGGUCGACGUCGAAAUCAGAGUUGAUCAGUCACCCGAGUCGUCACACACCCCGUCCCUCGGGGGCAGAUCACGACACGACGAUGCCGGCAGCGGCAGCACUUUCUACAGGGUGGAUGAUGAGGACUCGCUUACGGGUAACCCCGGUCAUCCUCGAUCUACUGAAAAGAAGGAGUGA